CAUCUCCGUGGUCGAGGGAAGAGAUGCGCCCCGAACAGCCGCUGUGAACACGGAGGGAAGGGAAGAGAAGGGCAUCAAUCUGCCUCUGGACUUUUCUUUUUCUUUUUGCUUUCCCUUCAUACAGAUGCCCAUUUGCGUGGAGGAGAACUGAUUUUCCAUCAGCUGCGUGAAACGACCACACAUUGUUGACUGUUUUUUUUUUUUUCUUUAUUGUUGACCGGGCGCUAUUUAUCCCCCUAACUAAAGCAGCGCACUUGAAGGGAAUAAAAAAAAACAAGAUAUGCCGCUUCAUUUGCAACGACGAUCAAAUAUGGUGGGAAUGGACUGGGCUGUGGACUCUGGAAGCUAAUGAAGACAAUCACUAAGGACAUUUUUGUUUAAGAAGAAAACAAGCUUUCCGUGGAUAAGAAAAGUGCUUAAUAGAAGCACUUAAGGUGUAAUAUUAGUCCCUCGCUUUUCUUUCCCUCACCCUUGCUUUUUAUUUUUUGUCCCUGCCUGAAUACAAUCGUGCCCCCCUUAUCCUCAAACCUGGAGCCUCAUUGACUGAUUGGCCAUUACCGUCAAGGGCAUCCACACAGCAAGACAAAAAACACCCGUGGGAGCCCUGUGGUGGUGGUUGGCGGGUGCGGUGGUGGUGGAAAAGGCGGUGAGUCAGACGCCUUUGCAGCUGCUGCAGAUGAAUCAUUAUCUGUGAACUUAACAGUUGCGACCCAUUGAUCUACGAAAGACCAAUUUCUUAUUGAAAGGAAUCGGUCCAAUAUGAAGGACGUGUCAUUUAUGGAUUGUCUCUUUCUUGGCUUGGCCAUGGCCUCUUUUGUUGUGGCCACUGAGGUGAGGCCUUUUUGCCCAAAGCUCUGCGUAUGUGAAAUCAGACCUUGGUUUUCACCAAGUUCAGCAUACAUGGAGGUUCAGACAGUUGACUGUAAUGACUUGGGACUAUUUAGCCUGCCAGAAAGAUUUCCAUUGGACACACAAGUACUAUUAUUGCAAACAAACAACAUUGUCAAGAUCGACAGACCUUUGGAUUACCUGAUGAACAUCACAGAGAUUGAUUUAUCUCAAAACAACAUAUCUUCUCUUCAUGACAUCCAUUUGGGCAAUCUUUCUCAGCUGAUAUCACUUCAUAUGGAGGAGAACGGGAUAAAACAACUGCCUGAGCAGUGUCUGGCAGAAAUGGCUACCCUUCAGGAGCUCUACAUGAAUCACAACCUUAUCUCAUCCAUCUCUCCACUGGCUUUCCAGGGCCUCAGCAACCUUGUGCGACUCCAUCUCAACUCCAACAAGCUGAAAGUUAUUAAAAGAGAGUGGUUCGAUCCCAUGCCAAGUCUGGAGAUCCUCAUGAUUGGUGAAAAUCCAGUUCUUUCGAUUGAUGAAAUGAACUUCAAACCUCUAAGAAACCUCCGCAGUCUUGUUCUUACCAGAAUGAACCUGUCUCAACUUCCUGACAAUGCACUGACUGGUCUUGACAACUUGGAAAGCAUCUCUUUCUAUGAUAAUAUUUUCCCCGAGGUGCCACAUUCUGCCCUGAGAAAUGUCAAAAAUCUUAAGUUUUUGGAUCUUAACAAAAACCCCAUUUCCAGGAUACAGAGAGGAGACUUUGUGGAUAUGCUCCAUUUGAAAGAGUUGGGGAUCAAUAGCAUGCCUGAGCUGGUUUCUAUUGACAGCUUUGCCCUUAAUAACCUCCCUGAACUGACCAAAAUAGAAGCCACCAACAAUCCCAAACUCUCCUAUAUUCAUCCUAACGCUUUCUACAAGCUACCACGGCUCGAAACCCUUAUGCUGAAUGGUAAUGCUCUCAGCGCCCUCCACAGGAUUACCGUUGAAUCUCUCCCAAAUCUCAGAGAGGUCAGCAUGCAUAGCAACCCCAUCCGGUGCGAUUGUGUAGUCCGCUGGAUGAACAUGAAUAAGACCAACCUUCGCUUCAUGGAGCCUGAUUCGCUGUACUGCGUAGAGCCGCCAGAGUAUGAGGGCCAGCAUGUUCGUCAGGUCCACUUCAGAGAGAUGAUGGAGAUUUGUCUGCCACUAAUAUCGCCUGAGAGCAUGCCGGGGCACAUCAAAGCAGAGAACGGGAGCUCUGUGUCGCUUCAUUGCCGAGCCUUUGGAGAACCAGAACCUGACAUCUACUGGAUCACCCCAUCUGGCACCAGAAUCCUGCCUAACACCGUUUCUGACAAGUUCUACAUGCACCCAGAGGGGACAUUUGACAUCUAUGAUAUAACUGAAAGAGAAGCUGGCGUUUACACCUGUGUUGCCCAUAAUCUGGUGGGAGCAGAUCUUAAAUCAGUUUCAGUGGAGGUGAAUGGAUAUUUUCCCCAACCCAUGAAUGGGUCUCUGAAUGUCGCAGUCAACUCAGUGGGGACAAACUCCAUUCUCGUUUCUUGGAAAACCACUCCUGGCACAUUGGCCCCAAGCAUUAAGUGGUACACUGUAUCAGAUGCUAACCAUCCUACUAUGGCGUUUACCACCCGGGUUCCCUCAGAUGUCAAGGUGUACAACCUCACUCAUCUUAGUCCUGCCACUCAGUACAAAGUGUGUGUGGAGAUCCGCAGCGUUCAUUGCAACCAUGACAACAAAUGCAUCAAUGUCACCACUAAGGGAUUAAAGCUGACAGCCAAGGACACAGAAAAAUGGGAUGCAGCAGUAAUCACAGUCUUUGGAGUACUCUUGGCUGUGAUUUCAGUGUCCUGCCUGUUUAUUUAUGUGUCUCUGAGGAACCACCACAUUUAUGGGGAUAUACGGAAAGGCGACUCCAAAGCUUUGCUGACACCAGUGGAAGUUACUGGUAUACACUCUUCUUUCUUUACAAAGCUGUGGGUUUCGGGUAAGGGACUGCCGAGUGGAGUGGAAGUUAAAGCCACAGUUAUAAAUGUAUCUGACAAUGCUCUUUAAGAAGCCCAGCUGUGUAGAACACCUCACUCCAACUACAGUUAAUGGACAAGGCCAUAAGCUGGGGCGAGAUAUGCUGUACUGUUUUCAAAAGGCAUACACAUUGCUAAUCCCCAGCUCAGAUACACUGGAAAAACUAUGAUUGUGACUGGGAGGGAAUACUUUGAACUAGACUCCGUGCCAUCCCAGUUGAAUCGGCGGCUUUGUAAACAUCAAACCAAGCUUACAUCAACAGGAAGGGAUAUUUACUGCAAUCAGAUAUUCUUCAGUACCACUCAUCCCAAAACGCAGGCAGAGAAAAGGACGUGAAGAAGAUGAUGGUGGUCAGCUCUCUUGUAAUUGACUGUUAAAUGUGUUCAGAGUUGUGGAACUGUCCGUGUGGUCCCAAGCAAUACCGUCUGUGCUUUGUCAAACAUCCAUAGACGAGUUAGAGAAACAGUAAUAACACCUGUCUAUUAUGGGAAAGGAGAUUUAGUAGAGUAGACAAAUAACAGUUACUAUGGUGUAAGCCUUUUGAUGAACUAUACGCCCCUUUUUUCUAUUUAAAAAUGGAUUCUUGAUUUUUCUUGGAAAUCUUGUUAUAUAUUCUAUUAUGUUGGUGUAAUGACAAAUCCUCUGUAUGUGAACAGUCUAAAUGGGUUUUAAAUUGCGGCGAGGAGCAGACUACUUUUGAUUACAGCAUUACAUUAAGCUUAAUGAAAUUCAGCUACAAAAUGGGUAUCUAGAGAGGAGAUUUGCAAAAUGGCUGUUUAUGCUUUGUAGUUCUAAUUGCAACGGUGUCUGGGAAGAAACGUGGAUACAUUUGACUAAAACUAAUAUAAGAGGUUGAUUAAAACUGAGGUGAGUGAUGUGUUGUCUCUUGAUGAAGUGGUUUGUUAAAACUUGGUAAGUGCCUACAACAAGAACUACAUGAAAUAAGCGGAAAAGGAACUGGAAGGAUUCGACAGCAAAACACGGUCACGUCAUCAUUGCAGAAUCACAAGCUAUACUUCAUAUUAAUAUGUUUAGUGGAAAUACUUUCUCAGUAUUUUUAGCAUACAUAUUUUAAGAAAACAUUUUGUUAUUGCUUUGGGUGUAAAGUUAAAAAGCCAUUUUUAUAUUAACUGUAUUACAUGUGAUCAAUGGGCACAACAGACUAAUUAAGAAAAGCGCUAAGAAAAAAAUAAAUGUCAUUGUUUCUUUUACAAAUGAUUGUCCACUUUUUGUCUUUUGUUGUGUUUUUAUAUAAAACACAUGCUUUU